UCAAUCAAUCCACAUAAACUCCCAGCCUUCCCUGAAGAGCGGUUUUCCGUUUCAAUGCUCACCGAGUCACCGUUGCCUCACCACCUUCUUCACUUAAUGGUGCUGCCAUUAAUCCACACGUUCCAAUUGAAUUCAGCUAUUUUCUCUCUCACGGUUACAACCGCCGCAACAAAUAGAACCGUUGGGAAUGUUCAUGUUCGUUGACUUCACCCUCCAAUGGCUUCCACUAGCUAUUUCAUGCCCCACUAACAUUCCCUUCUCACAUCUUGCUCUGCUUUUUCCAACUCAUUCUCCAUCACAGUACUACCCAUUACUACUUCUCAAACCAUAACUAGUAUACAAUUUUUCAAACCCAUUUUCUCUCUUACCUCACUCAUAGUGCAGGAACAAGGGACAUUCUUUUUGUCAGAUCUGCAAAGAAGAAAAAUGGGGUGUAGCAAAUAAAGCUUGUUGCAGUGAAACACCUCGUUCUCUGCUCCUGCUCCUGCUGCUGCUGGUGGAAGUGGACAACAAUGGAGUUUCAAUUUCUAAGCAUUUUCUGUUGCAUUUCCUUGUUGGGUUUGUUUAUGCUACAAGGAUAUGCUGAACCUGUUGAAGAUAAGGAGGCUUUGCUUGAUUUUGUGAACAAGUUUCCUCCUUCUAGGCCUCUGAAUUGGAAUGGAAGCUUCUCCAUGUGUGCUUCUUGGACUGGUGUGACUUGCAAUGAAGAUAAGUCUAGAGUAAUAGCUAUUAGAUUGCCAGGGGUUGGUUUUCAUGGUAGCAUCCCUGCUAACACCAUUAGCCGCCUCUCAGGGCUUCAAACUUUGAGCCUUAGAUCCAAUGUGAUAACUGGGCAGUUUCCUUCUGAUUUCUCCAAUCUCAAAAACUUGUCUUUUCUCUACCUCCAGUUCAACAAAUUGUCUGGUCCUUUACCUGAUUUCUCAGCUUGGAAGAACCUUACUGUUGUUAAUUUGUCCAAUAAUCACUUCAAUGGCACCAUUCCUGUUUCCAUUUCUAAUUUGACUCAGCUUGCUGGUUUGAAUCUUGCAAACAACUCUCUUUCUGGUGAAAUUCCUGGUCUACAGUCCUCCAGAUUGCAGCUGCUGAAUUUGUCCAACAACCACUUGCAGGGUAGUGUGCCUAAAUCGCUUAUGAGGUUUCCUGAGUCUGCGUUCUUCGGAAAUAACAUCUCUCUUGGAAAUUCCUCUGCGGUUUCGGUGCCACCUCUGCCAGAUAAUGAGCCAUCUUCAACAUCUAAGAAAGGUGGAAGGCUUAAGGAGGCUGCACUGCUAGGAAUUAUUGUUGCUUGUAGUGUUCUAGUCCUUGUGGCAUUUGUUCUUUUGUGGUUUGUGUGCUGCUCUAGAAGAAAGGGGGAUGAAGAUGAAGCCUUCAGUGGGAAGUUGCGCAAGGGAGGAAUGUCUCCGGAGAAAACAGUCUCAAGGGACCAGGAUGCAAAUAAUAAAAUGGUUUUCUUUGAGGGAUGUAGUUAUGCCUUUGAUUUGGAGGAUUUGUUGAGGGCUUCUGCUGAGGUACUAGGAAAAGGAACAUUCGGUACUGCAUACAAGGCGAUACUAGAGGACGCAACGAUGGUUGUUGUGAAGAGGUUAAAGGAGGUAGCUGUUGGAAAGAAGGAUUUUGAGCAGCACAUGGAUGUUGUAGGAAGUCUUAAGCAUGAGAAUGUGGCUGAGCUGAAGGCAUAUUAUUAUUCCAAAGAUGAGAAACUGAUGGUUUAUGAUUACUACAGUCAGGGGAGUGUCUCUUCUAUGUUGCAUGGUAAAAGAGGAGAGGAGCGGGUGCCUUUAAAUUGGGAUACUCGUUUGAAAAUAGCUCUAGGUGCUGCCAGAGGCAUUGCUCGCAUCCAUGUUGAGAAUAGUGGGAAGCUUGUGCAUGGCAACAUCAAGUCUUCAAACAUCUUUGUCAAUACUAAACAGUACGGUUGUGUAUCUGACCUUGGCCUGGCAACCAUGUCGAGCUCGCUUCCCCUGCCAAUCUCACGAGCUGCCGGUUACCGUGCACCGGAAGUUACAGACACGAGGAAAGCAGCCCAGCCUUCAGACGUCUACAGCUUCGGUGUGGUGUUACUGGAGCUUCUGACUGGGAAAUCACCUAUCCACACAACUGGUGGUGAUGAGAUGAUCCACCUUGUGAGGUGGGUUCAUUCCGUUGUGCGAGAGGAGUGGACAGCUGAAGUGUUUGAUUUGGAGCUAAUGAGAUAUCCAAACAUAGAAGAAGAGAUGGUGGAAAUGUUGCAAAUAGCCAUGUCAUGUGUGGUAAGGAUGCCUGAUCAGAGGCCUAAAAUGUCUGAAGUUGUGAAGAUGAUAGAAAACGUGAGGCAGAAUGACACAAAGACUCAGCAAUCAUCUGAGAACCAAGCAACACCUAAAAUAUCUCAACGCGACUAUGAUAACUCGCCUUCUACUCCAUCAUCCCCCUUACCAAAAGGAAGUGAAUGAAGAGAAAGCCGUGGCCUUUUUUUUUUUUCUUUUUUAGAUUUGAGUGUAUCUGUUAAUGUUUUGCUUCAAGUUCUGAACAAGAAGCAUGAUUGCUAUUAUUUUUUGUUUCAUAUUUAAGUUGCCUGAAUUGGUCAUAUAUUGAUUGGGGCUGUGGGCUAAUUCUGCCCCAGGCCACUUUCUACUAUUAUUCCAAUUCUUGUUUAAUUUGAUGUAUGUAAAAGGAAGCAUUUCUUCUGUUGAGCAUUUUUUUCCCAA